AAGGUACUUGGGUACUUCAACUCGAGUUUGAGAAUUUCCUAGGUUAUGUUUUAAGGGUUCUCAUUACCAUCGCAAAAGAAUCACAGAAAAACAAACGGCAACAAUGUCAGCACAGCCGCAAUACAGUACAAAUCACCUCCAUGAGACUCAACGACACCUGCUCUCUCCUACCCUCUCCUCUCCCGGCUUCUCUUCCGGCCACCCUUCACCCCUAAUGCACCAAGGCCCACCAUCACCAGACUUUGAUGCCAUCAAAAAAGCCCAGAAAGAAGAUGCCCGUCUAAAAUCCCUCAUCCGCCGCCUACGCAUCAUAUCGCGCACCCUCGCCUUCCUCCUCUCCCUUGGCGUCCUGAUCCCCAUCACUCUAACCCUCACAAAAUUCCUCUCCACAAAAGAAACCUACCGCACCGUCACCCUCGCGGACGGAACAUCAAACACACGUACCGCGUGGGCCAAGAAUACGCGACCAUGGCCCACAUACAUGUACUUCUCCGUCGCCGUCGUGUCGACUAUCCUCCACGCCGUCACACUCUUGGCAUACUGCUGCAGCGUGGGUAAAGCGAAUACCGUAAACACAGUCACCAGCGUAUUUUCCUGGAUCGUCAUGCUGGGUAAUGUGGGUGUUUGGGCCGCGGCCGUGGGUGUGUAUCGUAUGCAGAAGGACUGGCAUGGUAUUAGUAAUGAUUUGUGGGGGUGGACGUGUAGUCAAGGUGCAUCGAAGAUCCAGGUUGAGUUUGAGGGAGUGCUGGAUUUUGAAAAGUAUUGCUCGGUGCAGAGUGUGAGUUGGUUUGUGGGGCUUGCGCAGGCGGGUGCGGCGGUGCUGACGGUGGUAGUUUAUGUGCUUGUAUGGGCGAGGAGGGGUUCGAAGAAGGAGUUGAAGAGGAUGAGUAAGGGGCAGUAUGAUAUGAUGGAUUUUACUAUGGUUCAAUAGUUUGGGAAUAUGUGAUGACUGUA